AUGACUUCGACAACAGCGAUGCCACCGUACUCAAACAACUCGUCGAUUUACCUGAUACCAGUCACAACCCUGGGUGUAAUCGCUUUGGCUCUGGUUUUUCUGCGCAUAUACACUCGAGCAACGAGAAUACGGAAGCUCUAUCUCGAUGACUGGCUCAUCAUCGGAGGCGAGGUGCUCUCCCUCCUUAGCAUGGCGUUUGCUUACACUGCCAUCGCUCAUGGCUGGGGAAAGCCCAUGGCAUACGUCACUCCCUACGACCUGAAGUUGGCAUUGAUGAUGCAGUUUGGAAUGCAAUUCGCAUGGCUCUUAUCACUUUGCUUGGUACGCCUAUCAGUGGCAGCAUCAUUGCUCCGAUUCAACUCCAGCAUUUGGUGGAGAUAUACGCUGUACUUCAUCAUGGGGCUACAGAGCCUCAUCACGAUGUCGUACGUUGUAAUCCAAUUGGGACAGUGCACGCCGAUUUCCGCGAGCUGGGAGACGGUUCCUGACGUGAAGUGCUGGCCGACGGAUCCGAUCGUGAAUUACGGGUGGGCUGUGUCUGCGAUUUACAUCUUGAUGGACCUCGCUUUCUCGCUCCUACCAAUUAAACUGAUCCGCGGUCUCUCGCGGUCUACUGCCGAGAAAGUCCUCAUCGGGUUUCUCAUGUCGCUCGGACUACUUGCCACUGCCAUUCUCUGUGCGAAGCUGACCACAUUUCUGAGUUUUGGCACUGGAGAUGCGCUUCAAGCGACCAUGGUCCCGUCCGUAUACGCAAUAUUGGAAAAUAUAGUCGGCAUUAUUGCAUGCUCGCUUCCGGCUCUGAAGUCGCCUGCGGAGAGGGCCUUGAAACGAUUGGGGAUACUGAAAGAACACCAGCUCACAAGACCGAGCUUUGUCAACACUGUUACUUUGUCAACGGUG